ACCCACUGCGCAUGUGUUGUACCGCGACGUAUGACGCGUGAUGACUCCUCCUUUCCACCCUCCUUGGUUACGUUGUCGCCUUGGCUUCCUGUCAGCUGUGUCUGUCUACAACAACAAUAACUACCAGGAAGAUAUAUAGCUACUGUAGUCGCUGAGAACAAGUCACAGAGGGAAGAAGGAAGACGUGUGAAGACAACGUUGUACAUCUCAGAUGAAAAGGAGAAACUGGUGACUCACGAUGGAGGAUUUCAGGCGGACGUUCCUGCGUCUGUGUAAAGAAGGCGGUGUGGAGCCUCAGGACAGUGUUGUGGUUCAUCUCCAGGAGAGCAGCGCUGCUCAGGGCUCCAGACUGGACCUGAGUGGACAGAGCCUGUCUGCAGAUACCUGCUCUGUGCUGGCCAGGGCCUUCCAAAAAGAUACCGUCUUUACAGAGGUGUUGCUCAGUGACUGCAUGCUCAGCGAGGAAGGUGCCAAAAUACUUCUGACUGGACUGUUUGGCAACACAACUGUAAAAGUCCUGGAUCUGAAGGGGAAUAACCUCAGAUCGACAGGGGCUGAGGUGUUGGGAAAGCUGUUAGCACGGAACAAGACUCUUCGUAGGCUGGUGUUGGAGUGGAACGCUUUGGGGGUGUGGGACGAAGCCUUCUCACUCUUUUGUGACGGUUUGGCCUCUAACAGCGUGCUGACACAGCUGGACCUGCGCAACAAUCAGAUCAACCACCACGGAGCAUCCGAGCUCGCUCUGGCACUUCAACGCAACGCCGCUGUGCAGGUGCUAGAUCUGAGGUGGAACAACAUUGGUCUUCUGGGUGGCAGGACUUUGCUGGAGGCUCUGCAGAAGAACAAGAGCAUAGUGCAGCUGGAGAUGGCAGGAAACAACAUACCCAGUGACACACUCAAAGCUCUUGAGCAGACCACCGGGCACAACACAGACAGACAGUCCACCAUGAGAGAGAGCCGCAGCCGGACCCAGGUCCUCAGCAAGGAGAUCCAGACACUAAAGGAGGAGAAGGGCCGGCAGUUCCUAAGCCUGAUGGAAACCAUAGACAGGCAGAGGGACGAGAUGGGACGCUCCAACGGGUCUACCUCCAUUCAGAUUGGCAAACUCCAGGAAGCUCUGAAUGAGAGGAAGUCGGCUGUCAACUCUCUCACUGCCAAAGUACAGAUGACAGAGGCUGCCCUCACACUCUCUGAGCAGAAAAACCACAACAUGGGGGAGCUGCUGACACGAGUGAAGGCUGAGAAAGAAGAAGAGAGGGAACGACAGAGCAGAGAGAGGAAGAAAGAGCAAGAGGAUAGUGCACUCAGAGAGGGCAAACUCCUCAGAGAGAUCCAAAACCUGACAGAAUCCAACGCCAAACUCACGACUAAAGUGGAGGAGAUGGAGCGCAGGUGUAAGUCUCAGCAGCAGCAUAUCUUUGAGCUGAAGCAGGACCUGACCAACAGCACGGCAGAGCUCAAGCUGCAACUAGCACAGGCAGAAGACCGUCUGGAAAUAGAGAAGCGAAGGUCCAAGCAAGCUCUGCAGGACAUGGACAGCCUCCGCCAGAAGGAGCUGGAGCAUGUGUCGUCCUUGGAGGAGAAGCUUCGCUCUGUGCGUUCCCACCAGCAGGAGGUCCAGCUCCACUGCUCCCAGCAGAAACAGACCAUCGCCGACCUGCAGGCCAAGAACAGCCAACAGAGCAUCGAGGUGAACGGAAUGAGGCGGAGGACAGAGGAGCUCCAGCAGGAGCUGUCGAGUAAGGACCAAGAGAAGGUGGCUGAAGUGAGCCGGGCGAGGGUGGAGCUGCAGGAGCAGAUUGGACAUUUACAGGCGGAGAGAGCGGCACAGGGAGGACUCAAAGAGAAGAUCAGUGCUCUGGAGAGAGAGAUUAAAGUACAAAGCAGUAACCACAGAGAGGCGCUCCUCGACAAAGAGAGCGAGAUGACGUCCAUGCUGGAGAAGCUGCGCCUGAAAGAGGCGGAGAUCCAGAGGAUGAGGGAAGACGAAGCCAACAGAGCCAGCUACCUGCAGAGCGCCAUCCUCACCUACGUUCAGGGCUCGCCUCUGGGACACUACAGCAGCCCCAAGAAAUGAUCCACGGACCUCAACGCCUCAGCUGUAACCUCACUCCUGCUCCGACACAGGUCAGGACAUCUGAAGAAUAAAAGAAAAAAAUCA